AUGGAUAGCUAUAAAUCACUCGCAUAUUUAAACAAUAUACAAAAACGAUAUGAUACUGUUUAUGUGAUAUGGCUUGAUGAAGCUAAUGAUACUCAUAUUGAAGCAAAACAAAAUCUAAAUAAUAUUGUACAACAUACAUCAAUAUUUACUAACGCCGAUGAAUGUAUCACUCACAUUUCGUCAUUAAAUGAGAUAGCUAAAGUAUUUCUAAUACUAUCAAAAUAUUAUGCACAAAUUAUUAUUGAACUCGAACGUGGUGGUUUAUCGACAUUCUUAUCAGAUGAUAAAAUUGCUGGGAUAUUUCACGAUGAAAAUCGUUUAUUUCUCAAAUUAACCCAUGAUGUAGCACGGUCAUCAGGCAAUCAUCCGUCGUCCAUACCGAUGAUUAUUAUGAAUUCACAAGAAGAAAGUAGACAAAACUACUUAAAAGUGCUUGAGUUGGAACAAUCACGUCUAUCAGUAUCACCAACCAUCAUUCGUCAUUCAAUAAAAGUAAUGUCAAAACAGUGUGGAACAUAUACAUGGCAUCAAUUUCUUCUUACUAUUCUGUUACGAAUGAAAAAUUCGGAUGAUGCAAAAAUGAAUAUGUUAAAUGAAUAUCGUCUCUGUUACAAUGAUGACAUUUUUGAACAAAGAAAAAUUGAUGAUUUUGACGAAAAUUAUGAUUUAACAAAAGCUGUUUGGUGGUAUACAAGAGACAGUUUUCUUUAUCGUGAAUUGAAUAAAGCAUUAAGGACAGAAAAAAUUGAACAAUUAUUUAUGUUUCGUUAUUUCAUUUCUGAUUUACACACUCAAUUAGUUCAAUUACAUUCGGAUUAUGUCGCUCUACUAGAAGAGUACGAUCGUGAUGUCAUAAUGGUAUAUCGUGGUCAAACAAUUACGUCUGAUGAAUUUCAAAAAUUGGAACAAAAUAUCGGCCGAUUUAUAUCAAUGAAUACAUUUAUAUCCACAACAACUGAUCGAAAUGUUGCCAUCAUUUAUGCUGGUGACGGUUCACAAUCACCAGACCUCGAAUCUGUUCUACUAGAGAUAACUAUUGAUAUUCAUAUUCGAACAAAACCAUUCGCUAAUAUAAGAGAGUAUAGCUAUUUUCAUGAUGAAGAUGAAAUUUUAUUUUCUAUCGGAACGCUAUUUUAA